AUGCAACGUUUUUUGCUGAGUAUGAUCAUCCUUGCUGAAGCAUUAUCCGUCGCUGCAAUAUGGAAGAAAUAUAAGUCAACUGAGAAGAGAUGGAACCUCUGGGAUAAGGACUACCCGUGGAAAACCGAAAACAAUGUCAUUGACGAUGACUAUGACGCGUGGUUCGCGAGAAUGGAGAAAUACAUGAAUGACUUGGGCGAUGGAAAGUUUAAAUAUGUCGAUCAGCAUUUAAGUAUUGUUUUUGGUGAUAAUGGUGUGAUAUACUAUGAUGAUGGCUUUGAUUAUGGUGAAUAUUAUGAGGAAUUUGGUAAUGAGUUGAAGUAA